GCGGCUGCCCCGGGGAGCGGAGCCGGGGUCGCUUCUCCAUCCCAUGGCCGUGCCCGGGUCCUGACCGUCCCUCCACCAUGAAGACCAUCAUCGCCGCCUACUCCGGGGUGCUGCGAGGCACAGGAUCGAACAUUCUUUCUGCUCUGCAGGAUUUGUUCUGGCUGUCGAAAUCCAAAGUAGAGAAACAGCUCCAGAUCAUCUCUGUGCUGCAAUGGGUUCUGACUUUCCUUAUCAUGGGUAUUGCUUGCACUUUAAUCCUCAUGUACAUCCUGUGCACAGAUUGCUGGGCCAUUGCUGUUCUGUAUUUAGCCUGGCUGGUGUUUGACUGGAAUACACCAAAGAAAGGGGGAAGAAGAUCCCAGUGGGUGAGAAGCUGGGCUAUAUGGAGGUACUUCAGGGAUUAUUUUCCAAUAAGACUGGUUAAAACCCACAACCUGCUGACCACCAGGAAUUACAUUUUUGGGUACCACCCACACGGCAUCAUGGGCUUGGGGGCCUUCUGCAACUUCAGCACAGAGGCCACGGGUGUGAGCCAGAAAUUCCCUGGGAUCCGGCCCUACCUCGCCACCCUGGCUGGGAACUUCAGGAUGCCCAUUUUGAGGGACUACCUCAUGUCUGGGGGCAUCUGCCCUGUGAACCGGGACAGCAUCGACUACAUCCUGUCCAAGAACGGCAGCGGCAACGCCAUCAUCAUCGUGGUGGGGGGGGCAGCAGAGUCCCUCAACUGCACCCCGGGCAAGAACUCGGUGACCCUCAGGCACAGGAAGGGCUUUGUGAGGCUGGCACUGAGGCAUGGGGCGGACCUGGUUCCCGUGUACUCCUUCGGGGAGAACGAGGUGUACCAGCAGGUCAUCUUCGAGGAGGGCUCCUGGGGCAGAUGGGUCCAGAAGAAGUUCCAGAAGCACAUUGGCUUUGCUCCCUGCAUCUUCCACGGCCGUGGCCUCUUCUCCUCCAACAGCUGGGGGUUGUUACCUUACUCCAAGCCCAUCACCACUGUGGUUGGAGAGCCCAUCACCAUCCCCAAAAUUGAUAAUCCAUCCCAGAAGGAAGUGGACUUCUACCACAGCAUAUAUGUGGACUCCCUGAUCAAACUCUUUGACAAAUAUAAGAGCAAAUUUGGCCUGCCAGAGACUGAGGUCUUGGAAGUCAACUGAAGGCAGUGGCUCAGCAGCACCUCCUCCUCUCAGAACCAACACAUCUUCUCCAGGAGUCCAAGCUGUCAUGGUGUACUUGAAAGCAUGUGUGGGUGUAUGUGUCCUCCAAAGAAAGUGUUUAAAGUAUUGCUAGACCGCUUUUAAAAAUAAUAAAGAAAGGCUUUACUUUAGAUAAAUCCCAUUACAAACAUCUUUUUAUCCAAAAAAAAAAAAAGAAAAAAAGGAAAAAAAAAAAGCACAACUCUCUUUUGCUGUGAGGAUUUGGAUGGGGGAAAUGUUUGCCUUUGGAAUCUGCUCUGUCAUGCUGUUGGAUCACCAGCAAUGGAUUAGAAACGUUCCUGCAGCUGCCGUACCCACUGGCACAAGCUAUUCUGGGGGGAGUAGGAUCCAUCUGGUUUUCCAGCUGAAAAGCAGCAGGUUGGUUUGACCAGCAGAGCAGUGUCACAGGAGUGUUGCACAAGGGUUAUGUUGGGAUGUGCUUAUGUGGCACAGGGGCUAUCUGCUUUGGAAAAGCCCUCUUUGGGAGCACAGCGGGGGGCUGCCAGCCUCCCUGGUGUGGCACCUCUGACAUGUGGAGCAGGGAACCAAAAAGGGCAGAGUCUGGGCCUCAGUCCACAGUGUGGGGGGUGCUUUGGUGGCUGUGACCCCAGCACUGUGUUUGGGACGCCAGUUCAGAAGCAGGUCUGUGCCAGGCUCUGCUUUCACAGAGGCAGGUAGCUGGAGAUAUGGGAUCCCUUCUUAGCCAAGGAUGAGCUCUAGGAGCAGUGGGGUGGUGCAAUCAUGUGGCCCUGGUGUUGCAGGCCCUGUAGGGGUUAAAUGCAGUGGGGCUGUUCGUGCAGGAUCCCAAAAGUGUUUGGGGAAAUCCAGGAGUAACUUCUGCCCUAAGAUGGCUUUUAACUGUUCCGUCCAGUGAAUGUAAAGGAGUAGCUUUUUCACACAUAGGACCUAAAGUGAGCUACUUUUAAAAGUGUUUAUAUAAUCUGUUUACGUGGAUGUUAACACUGCUUGUAGUGAGAUUUCUUCAGAGUACAACGUGUUUAUGUCUAAACCUGAAACAUUGCACUACUUGCAUGUCUGACCUGCCUUUUCAGCCGUCCAGUGGAGUGUAUCUUGAGCUCCAAAAUGUGCCUUUCUUCCCCGCAAGAGGAUGGUACUUCACAUUCCUGGAAUCUUGCCUCUAAAGACGAAUGUUCAUCUGUCAUAUUUGAUAGAUUAUUGUAUUACAGAGUAUCAAUUUUUUUGUACAAAUUUCUAGAAAUAAACUUGGGCAAAACUA